UCGUGUCCUUUUGCGUGGGCACAAUGACGGCCAAGCAUCGGAAGGGGAAAAGCAAUCAUAAACACGAAGAGGACCAUGUCAAAAGUGAGAUUGUGGAAUCCGAAGUUCGAACCGGAGGAAGCAGCUACACGCUUGUAUUGUUUCUGGGACUCCUCGUUGUUGUAGUCGGCGGUGCCACUUCAGCAUGGUUCUGCUACCAGCAGCACCAAACUUUGACCCAAUUGACAGACACUGUUACAGGCCUGCAGAUGAAGGUGGUUAAACUCCAGGCGUCUCAGGAGACCAUGCGACAGACGAGUGAUAAGGUGCACAUUUCAAGUGAUGUAGAAAGUCGCCUCAAUGCUCUAGAAGCGUCUUAUACUUCGGCCCACAAACAGGUCGAUGAGGCCUUUGCUACAGCAUUACAGCUCAAAACAUUGGACCUCCCUGCACAGUUGCUAUCACUCCACACAGAGAUGAAAUCCCGCCUGGCUGAGAUCCAGCAGACUACUGUUUCUGCAGAGCAGAUAAACCAGCUGGAGGCAAGGCUUCAGGGGAAGGCAGAAGAGCUUGAGGGGGUCGGGCUCCUGGUGGAGCGCCUCACUGCUUCGGGCGCCAAUUUAUCUAAGGAGGUUCAAACCGUAAUGGAGCGCCUGGAAGAAGUAGAAUCCAUUCUGGGUGAUGCUGCGACUCUGAAGGAGCAGACUGCACAGCUGAUAGGCCUGGAGGUCCAGCUGAAGUCGUACCAGAGCGAGAUGGCAACUGUCAGAGAAACGUUGCUGAAAGAACAAUCCGAGGAGUUCAAGCAGGCUGAUGUAGAAGAACAGAUCAGUGCACUUCAAAUGAGUGUCCAGGAGCAGAACUCAGUCAGCCAUAGCCUUCACGCUCAACUCAAAGCUCAACUGGACAACCUGCAAUUGCAGGUUACGCAGCUGAUAGGAGAUGUUGAGGAUGCAUCAGCACCCAUGCAGCAAGCAGAAGGAAAGCCAGCUCCUAUUGUCGAGGAAGAGGUUGCCGUUUCAGACAAGGAAUUAGCAGAAAAGUCGGACUCAUCUCAACCACUAGAGGAAAAAUCUGAUGAAGAGGCUUACACUGAGCAGACAGAAACACUGUCCUCUCCAGAAACUGUGGAAACCCAUGCUAAGCUCUCAGAAGGGGAGGAGCCAGAUCUGGGAAAGAUUUUUAGUGACGAAGAGUUUUUGGGGGAGUUACUGCAAGAUGAGGGCGAUGCCAAACCAGAGGAAGAGUAUUUUGAUGAUAAUGAGAGAAUAAUGGCUGCUGAGCAAGGCGAAUUGGAAGAAUCAGAGAUUGGCAAUGAAGGAGAACACUAAGACAAAUGUGAGAAAAUAAGAAAAGCAAAUGAUAGUCACCAGAGGUGGGUUAUAACGUGCUACAUUUUGUCUGUUAUGUUUACUUUUUUUUUUUUAACGACACCAUACUGUUCACUUUUACUUGAAUAGAUUGGUGAGGAAGAAACGCUAUAUGUUUUCCGCAAUUAUGGGCUACACUAGUCGUUACAUUUUUCUUGUUUAUUCUACAUUUUUUACCUUAGUUUUGCCAGAGAUGCCCACAAUGACUCUGCCUGUUUCAACAAUGAGACGUCGCAACAAUAACUAAAUGGCUCCAUUAUACCAGUCACACAUAAAAAUACAGUGACAUGACCAAACACAAUCUUGCAGUCGGAAGUCCUAUGAUCAUGCUGGACUGAUCAAUCAUGUGGCGUAUUCAACGCACCGUAAUCAAUAAACUACCGUAUUGGCCCGAAUAUAAGGCUACGUUCAUACUACAGGUCUUAAUGCACAAAUCCGAUUUUUUUGUCAUAUCUGUUUUUUUGGCGUGCCCGUUCAGACUGCCUUUGUCUAUUGAGACCUUUCAAGUACUACGCAUGCGCACUAAUUCGCAGUCCGACACGCGCUGAGCAAGAUGACCCGCAUGCGAAGAAGCAUCAAAACAAAAAACCACACAUGUUGUCAUCCGUCAUUCCAGGGAUAUCAUAUUUUGCUUUUUAAAAAGAGGACACAAAUAACAGACAUAAAUAAUCCCAGUUUAGGUUUAUAUUCAAAGUAUAUGGAUCGAUAGCAUGCACGCACUGUCCGUGCAUGUCACACACAUAAGCGCAGUUUGCCCCGACUCUCGGCCGUGUAAGCAAUGUUGAAAUAUUGCUUAUAUGGAGCAGACAAAAAACCGAUCAUUCUCAGGCUUAUCCUCAACCCAUUUUUAUUUUUCUUUAUGACUGUUGUCAAGUCCGAACAUUCCUAAAAAGCCGUGUUCAAGGCAAGCUAGGCGCUAAUAACGCACAGCUGCACUGCUACCAUGGCGUCUCUCUCGCUUUUUGAUGACGUAAUUGCUGCAUGAAUUCCGAUUUGAGAGACUGGACAGUACAGACCGCCGCGACAGUCUGGAAAAAUGUGGCCCAGAUCGGAUUUGAACCACAUACGAAAGUGACCCAGAUCGGAUUUUAAAUGGUCAGGCUCUAUGCGACUUGUCACGUUCAGACCGUCAAGUUAAUGCCUCACUCGAGUCGGAAAAACACGAAAAAAUCGGAUUCGUGCAUUAAGACCUGUAGUAUGAACGUAGCCUAAGACGGCCCUGAUUAUAAGACGGCCAUCUCUUUUUCAAGACUCAAUUUUGAAACUAGGCCUGCAAGCAGGACUGAAUGGGCCCUCGCAAUCUAGCGCAACUCGGACGUCUCGCAACUCAGACAGUGUGCAGGUCAGGGUGGUGGCAGAUCGUCCUCUCUAAUCAUCUCAUUAGAACCUAACAUGCUCGAAAGUCGCCUCUUUACAUUCACACACCUAAGAGCUAAAAACCCCUAUUGGAGAGACUACUACAAAAAAGGAGCGAAUAAAGGGUCGUCACGGCAACAGACAGAGACAUGUGGACAUGGGUCGUAAAAUAAGUAUUUCAAAAGGUCUUGAAACUACAAUGACCAACCUGAAAAGAACUGGACAUAUAUUAGAAAAAUGAGUGACUUUCUAUUGCCCCUAGUUGGCGCUGUAGGGUUGAUGCAAAUGACCCCUACAGGACCCUUCAGAGUAUGACUCAACCAUCACGAGAUGUUUGGCGCAGAUAUUUUGUAGAAAUUAUGACUGUUCAAAACUUGUGGUGAGACGAAAUGGCUUCACUCAUUUUCACUUCUCCUGUUGGACUCUUCUGCUUCAACCAAACCUCAGUAUUUUUCAUCAGGCACCUAAACACAUGUCUUAUGGCUCCCCGAUGCAGGUUUCAGGUGAAUAUAUUUUUUCCUUGGAGGAGGAGCCUGUUUAGUAAAAAAAGGCAUUUCCUGUUCCCACUAGGGGGCGCUAGGCCUAAUGGGUAAUGUUUCAAUGCACUCGUGUUAAGGGUGGGAUCCCGCACAUACAUGCCAGAUAUGAAAAAGAUUGAACGUUGUGUCAAGGAGCUAUUAGUCUUUUACUGAAUUUGUCAUUUUGCCGAAAAAAUGGCCAACUUUGGGACCACGCCCAGGUCAGACCCGUGAAUGAAAACGCACCAUUUUAAAAACUUAAGAUCUUAUAUGUCUCCUGAACAGUCUCACCAAUUUUGAAGAUGAUCCAACUAACUCCCUCGGCGAAAAGGUCUCAAAUGUGCACCCUGUAAAUCGAUAAAAAUUUCAUAUUCGAUCCAAAAUAACCGAUUUCCUGUUGGGUUUGGAAUAUGGGUGUAAAUGCUUUUUUGGAGCGGUUAUGGACAAGGUAUAGACUCCCCAAAUUUUGUCGCUCUACGCUGACAGACCCUAAUGUUAUAGGCCAAUUUUUAAAUUUCAAGGGGGCGCCACUGAGCCAUUUUGUUACAUAUUUUUGCAAAGUUGCAAAAUUAUCAAAAUGUACAAUUUUCCGCACGUAUGUGCAAAUUUUGGUGACUUUUCGUGCAUGUUCAGGCCUCCAAAUUGGCCGUUUUCAUUUGCCCUGAAAAAAAAAAAAAAAAAAAAAAAAAAAAAAUCCUUUACAAAACAAUAGGGCCUUCGCACGCUUAGUGCUUGGGCCCUAAAAAUACUUUUUGAACAACAAAUUAAUUUUUAUACAAAAAAUUAUUACAGUACAUCCGAAACAAAUGAUUAUAACAAUAUAUUUGACAGAAAAAGCAUGUUAUUUCGCCUCAUUCAAAUCUUAAUAUCUGAACAUUUAAAUAUGUAAACUAAAGUGCAAUCACAUUAGUAAAUGGAUGCCUUCUGGUUUUUGAAAUGUAAAUAAACCAAUCUAUUGUGAUAAUACAACAAAAUUGCUCAAAAGUUACUCAUUGCUUGAGUAUUCUUUUCAUUGAUUACUCUUUUUUUUUUUUUUUACUUUUUUUGGGGGGGGGGGGUAACUACUUUUACUUGAGUAAUAUUAUUUUAAAGUAACGGUAAUCUUACUUGAGUCAAAUUUUUGACUAAUCUACCCACCUCUGAUAGUAACCUUAUUUAAACUAGUCAAAGUGAUUGAUUGCAGCAUCGCUUCACUGCUAAUAUAUCUCCUUCUUUUUGUGUUCCACCAGUGGGGAAGAACUCCUUCAGUCUCCAGUGACAGUAUGACAAAAAUUCAGUAGAGGCUUCAGUGCUUGCGCUGUGUGCAGCAUACAUUAGUUGACAAGGGUGCUCUCUGAAAGAAAGCUAGUUGGCAAAUUCAGCUACAAAACUUAAGAUUUCAGGUUUAUCUCACAAUAAGCUCACAAAACUCCAAAGCCUUAUUCAGUGAACGCCUUUCUGUCUUUCAACUGAGUAUUUUCCACUUCCUUUGAUAUCUGACUUGUGCACUGUCUGCACAAUAAAUAGCAUUGUCUUGCUCUUGGAUGUAAAAAACAUGGCUUCCUAUGUCUGCCCUCUGAUUGUGUGAGGAGACAAAUGAAAGAAAGUCUUUAACUGUUAAGCUUGGGAAAAUUGAAAAAGAAACAACUGUGUCAUAAUUGGCUUAAUUAAAAAUGUGUAGUCAAUCUUUACGUACCGUAUUUUCCACACAAUAAGGCGCACCUAAAAGCCUUCAAUUUUCUCAAAAGUAGACAGUGCGCCUUAUAAUCCGACGCGCCUUAUAUAUGGAUCAAUAUUGGUUAAUCAUGGCAUGACCUUACGUUUACCACAGCACCAUCUAAUGGAUGCAUAACGCAAGCCCAACCACUACUCCUACUGCUGUGUCUUAUAAUGCGGUGCACCAUUUUUAACAGGGGUCCCAAAACUACGGCCCGCGGGCGGAUACGGCCCGCCUCCACAUUUGGUCAGGCCCCCUGAACAAUUUUCUUUUUUUUUUUUUUUUUACCCAAUAGUGUUAUUUAUUUCCUGGCUUUUUUCUGUGAAGAACCCAGAGAGGGUUAUUUGGUUAUUAUCUAUUUAAUUAAUAGUGUUAUUAUUAUUUACUAUAAUGUAAUAUAUUUUAUUUUGGGCUGUCAAACGAUUAAAACUUUUAAUCAAGGUAAUCACAGCUUAAAAAUUAAUUAAUCGUAAUUAAUCGCAAUUCAAACCAUCUAUAAAAUAUGCCAUAUUUUUCUGUAAACUAUUCUUAAAAUGGAAAGAUAAGACACAAGACGGAUAUAUACAUUCAACAUACUGUACAUAAGUACUGUAUUUGUUUACUAAAACAAUAAAUCAACAAGAUAGCAUUAACAUUAUUCACAUUCUGUUAAAGCGAUCCAUGGGUAGAAAGACUUGUAGUUCUUAAAAGAUAAAUGUUAGUACAAGUUAUAGAAACUUUAUAUUAAAACCCCUCUUAAUGUUUUCGUUUUUUAAUAAAAUUUGUAAAAUUUUCAAACAAAAAAUAAACUAGUAGCCCGCCAUUGUUGAUGUCAAUAAUUACACAAUGCUCAUGGUGCUGAAACCCAUAAAAUCAGUCGCUCCCAAGCGCCAGCAGAGGGUGACAAAACACUAAAAAACACAAGUAACAAAUAGACAUGACACUGUGCUGUCAUUUUAAUCUGUUUGAGUGGGGCAUGUGCGUUAAAUGCGUGAAAUAUUUUAAUUAUAAUUAAAUGAUAAUAUAGAAAAUUAAUUACUGCCCGUUAACGCAACAAUUUUGACAGCCCUAUAUAACAUAUUAUAUUAUCAUUUUUAUUUUAUUUACUUUUGUUCCAUGAAGAAUUCAGAAAGGGUUAUUUGAUUGUGGCUUUCUGAAAAACAAUACUUUUUUACAUUUAGGCACUCCUGCAAUCGUCACUUUUUCUGUUACAAACUGACCCGGCCCCUCAUCAGAGAAGGAAAAAGUUCACGGGAAAACGUUUGGGGACCCCUGCUAUAUACAGUGCCUUGCAAAAGUAUUCGGCCUCCUUGAACCUUGCAACCUUUCGCCACAUUUCAGGCUUCAAACAUAAAGAUAUACAAUUUUUAAUUUUUUGUCAAGAAUCAACAACAA